AUGGACAACUCAGAUAAUCACUGUGAUUACCAGUUACCAACUUCUUUUAAAUCUUCGCGCCAAUUUCAAACUCGCAAAAAACCUGAUAAAUUCAUUAAAAAAAUCGAUAUUACUGUAAAAAAAUUGUUUCACAAACAAAUUGAAAUAACUAAUAAUAAUUAUGAAUUACCGAAUCCAAAUGAUAUGUUUUCCGAGAACACUUGGAGCAUAGAUGACUUACAGAAAACAAAAAUUAAAUUAAAUGAAAUAAAGAAUACCUUGAGCGAUUAUAAUCCAGCUGAGUGGAGAAAUCAUACAAGGAAAAUGAAUAUCGCUGAACAUAUUAGGUGGAGAUUAAAAGAAGAUAUUAAUCCUGAAUUAUUUACUCAAGCUUGGUGUAAAUUUUAUGAAAUAGCUUCAACCUUUCCUUUAAUACCUGAGGAAGUGAAUCAUACAAAACAACUUAAAACUAUUCAUUUAUGUGAAGCACCAGGCGCUUUUGUGACAUCUCUUAAUCAUUGGUUGAAAACUAAUGUACCAUACAUUAAAUGGAAUUGGAGAGCAACUACUCUGAAUCCAUAUUAUGAGGGAAAUUCUUUGUGUUCGAUGAUUAAUGAUGAUCGAUUUAUUCUUCAUACCUUGGAUUGUUGGUAUUUUGGAACUGAUAAUACCGGAGAUAUAAUGAAUAUUAAGAAUUUAGAUAUGCUCAUUGACCUUGAAAAAGAUAAUAGUGAUAAAAUAAUGCUCAUAACGGCCGACGGUAGUGUGGACUGCAUGGAUAUGCCUGGUGAACAAGAAACUAUUGUAUCACAUUUACAUUUCUGUGAGGUUAUUACGGCACUUCAUUUAUUAAGUACAAAUGGAACCCUCCUUUUAAAAAUAUUCACAUUUUUUGAAUGCCAAACAAUAUCUUUAAUGUAUUUUUUAACAUGCUCUUUUAAAAAAAUUAUUAUAAAAAAACCAGCUACUAGUAAACCUGGGAAUUCUGAAAUUUACUUAAUUUGUUUAUCUUUUAGAGGACGGGAGGAAAUUAAAUCUUACUUGAAUAUUUUAAAAAAAUAUUAUGAAACUGGUAUCACUUUAGCAAUGAUUCGAAAAAAUGAUAUUCCUCAUUCGUUCAUAGAGCAAAUUAUAGAAUGUGCCAAUUAUUUCAAAUCUUUUCAAUGUGAAGAAAUUCUGAAUAAUAUGAAACUUUUCGAAACUACUGACAACAAUGAUUUCUAUUUGAAACGACUUAAAAGCGCAGUCACUAAUUAUUAUAUAGAAAAUUUUAAAUUGAGAAAACUACCUCACGAUAUGGAAAUCGUUGGUGCAAAAAUACUAAAUCAAUCUUAUUCAACGCUCUAUAAUAAAUUAACUCAUGAUUCUUACAAUGAAAGACAAAAAAAAAUCAAUAUGACAGCUCUGGAACGUUUUUCAAUUCUUCAACAGAAGGUUGAAGUCAGUAUUGUCCACAAUAAUUAUUCAUUUCAAGUAUCGAUACGAACUCUACUGUACUGA